AUGACAAGUUCAAUAAUUACAAAUCGAAUUCGAUCGGUGAGUGACGAUGACGAAGAAAUUAUUGAAUUUCUUAUGCGUAGAAAUCGACCUCGUGUUUUUCAAAACCGAAUUGAUCACAUCAACAAAUGGAAUGAUACUGAAUUUUUCCGAAGGUUUCGGAUGAAAAAACCAACUUUUAUGUACAUUUUGGGAAAGAUAGAAAAUACAUUGUCAACUGCUAAGAGGAUCACUUCAAUUACACCAAUGCAAAAAUUGUUGGUGGCACUAAGGUUUUAUGCAACUGGGAAUUUUUUAAUAACUGCCGGGGAACUCGUUGGAAUUAGUGAGCCGUCUGCUUGUCGAAUAGUACAGCAAGUGACAUAUGCUUUAGCAGAACUUCGUCCAGAUUGUAUAAAAAUGCCCCAAAAUGUGGAAGAAAUACGUCAAGUAUCCUACCACUUUUACAAGAUUGCAAAAAUGCCACGAGUUAUUGGAGCUAUUGACUGCACCCACAUUCGGAUAAACUCCCCUGGUGGUGAAAAUGCUGAGUAUUUCCGGAAUCGCAAGGGCUAUUUUUCAUUGAAUGUCCAAACUGUUGCUGAUGCUAAUCUUCAAAUAUUAGAUAUUGUAGUUCGUUGGCCGGGAUCAGUGCAUGACCAAACCAUAUUUUUAAAUUCAAAACUCAAGACAGAUCUAGAAAAUGGUCGGUUUGGAAAUAAUUUAUUAGUGGCAGACAGUGGUUACGCCAAUUCUCAACAUGUAAUCACACCACUUCUACAAACAAAUAAUAGAGUUGAGGAAAUAUACAAUGAAUCAUUGAUAAGAACGAGAAACGUAGUUGAAAGACAAUAUGGAGUAUGGAAGCGUAGAUUUCCAAUAUUAUCUUUUGGAUUUCGAAUAAAAUUGGAAACUACAAUGGCCGCAAUCGUUGCUUGUGCUGUGUUGUUUAAUAUUACUCGUACACAUGAUGGAGAAGAGCCACCAGAUGAUUAUGAAGCGAGAAACUUUAUAUUGGAACAAGAAGAACCCUCACAAACACCUGUACAUGCAAAUAGUAAUCAACAAUUUACUGCUAGGAACAGACUAUUAAAUGAUUAUUUUCCUUCAUUACUUGAUGGUAAUGGACAAUAG